GCAAGAUUCUUGAAGUGAAAACAGAAAUUGCUCAUCAGUAACUGACAAUGAAACAGCUGACGGUCGAAGGAAUAUAAGUUUCUGUUUAAAUACAGUAGUCCGAAUAGUGUUUUGUGUUUAUGUGUUAGUUUAAGUAUAGCUUUGAUUUGAACAUAGACUGAUCUCAAUGGUUUUAAGACAACAUUAGUACAUACAACAUGGCAGGUGAAACUAAAAGUAGCAUCAAAAUAAACCUUCCUUUAAACAUCGAAGAUGGCGAAUCUGUUUCUUACAAUGCAAAAAGUGUCUGUUCACCCCCAAAUGAAUCUCUCAACAAUGCUACUGUUUUAAGCGGAUCUCAGUCGAACCUUUGCAAUGGCUCGACCAGCAUCACCGUCACAAGCGCUUUGAGGAAGGUGCCUAACAGCAGUCCCAGCAACAAGCGGCCCAUGAUAUCUCUAACGCAUCUGCCCAAACGGCCGCCGGUCGACAUCCAGUUCAACGAUCUGUCGUAUUCCGUGUCUGAGGGCAGGAAAAGGGGCUACAAGACGAUUUUGAAGUGCGUCAAUGGGAAAUUCAGGUCUGGAGAGCUCACGGGCAUCAUGGGCCCGUCGGGGGCGGGCAAAAGUACCCUGAUGAAUAUUUUAGCAGGAUACAAAACCUCAAACCUCAGCGGAUCAGUAUUAAUAAACGGAAAAGAACGCAGCCUGCGCAGGUUCAGGAAGAUGUCGUGCUACAUAAUGCAGGACGACUGUCUGUCGCCGCAUCUGACGGUCAAAGAGGCCAUGACAGUGUCAGCGAAUCUCAAACUGGGGAAGGGAAUCACAACGUCCGAAAAAAAAAUCGUCAUCGACGAAAUUCUGGACACGCUGAGCUUGCAGGAGUGCAAGGAUACGAACUCUUCGGAUUUGUCUGGAGGUCAAAGGAAAAGGCUGUCCAUUGCACUAGAACUAGUUAAUAAUCCACCAGUAAUGUUCUUCGACGAACCAACCAGCGGUCUGGACAGCUCGUCGUGUUUCCAAUGCCUGUGCCUGCUAAAAUCGCUGGCUAGAGGCGGGCGCACCAUAAUUUGCACGAUCCAUCAGCCGUCCGCCAGGCUGUUCGAGAUGUUCGACCAUCUCUACAUGCUGGCCGACGGGCAGUGCAUCUACAAGGGCGCCGUGCUCGGUUUGGUGCCCUUUUUGUCCACCAUGGGGCUGGACUGUCCCAGCUAUCACAACCCUGCUGAUUAUGUUAUUGAGGUAGCAUGUGGAGAACAUGGAGACUACGUGCAAAAAUUGGUAGUAGCAGUUAACGCCGGCCGAUGUAACAGUUUCAUUGUAGAAAAAAGCAAAGAAGAAAAUACAAUUUCAAAUGAUAUAUCGAAAGACACACUCAAAAGUGACGGUAAUGCAUCAAACAGUCUUUCGAAAGCCAAUAGCACCACUCCUGUAGCAACGCCGGCGACAUGCACAACAUCACUUCUGGAAUCGGCGGAAAAUCUCACGAUGGACAAAAAUUCCUUCCCGACAUCGGGUUUCCAGCAAUUCUGGAUUCUACUGAAAAGAAGCAUGAACUGCAUCCUACGCGACAGAAUUUUAACGCGAAUGAGGACGGCCUCGCACGUCAUCAUAGGAAUCAUAAUCGGAUGCAUUUAUUACAACAUUGGAAACGACGCCGCAAAAGUAAUGAGCAACGCGGGCUGCCUAUUUUUCACCUGCAUGUUUAUGAUGUUCACCUCGAUGAUGCCCACCAUUUUAACUUUCCCUCUGGAGAUGUCGGUUUUUGUAAGAGAACAUCUCAACUAUUGGUACUCUUUGAAGUCGUAUUAUUUCGCGAAAACCAUAGCUGACAUACCUUUCCAGAUUAUUUUGACAACGUGUUAUAUAGUGGGUGUUUAUUUUAUAACAUCACAACCCCUGGAUGGCGUGCGAUUUUCCAUGUUUUUAUUUGCGAAUAUUUUGACUGCGUUGGUGGGACAAAGUUUUGGAUUGCUGGUAGGAGCAGCCUUCAGUAUAGAGGCCGGCGUGUUCUUUGGACCCAUCUCCACCAUUCCCUGCGUGCUAUUUUCCGGGUUCUUCGCCAACCUCGACGACAUACCGUACUACCUCAGCUGGUUACCGUACAUGAGUUACCUCAGAUACAGCUUCGAAGCCAGCAUGAUCGCGAUCUACGGCCUGGACAGGCCGAAGCUGGUCUGCAAAGAGCUCUAUUGCCACUUCAAAUACCCGACGACGUUUCUGAACCAAAUGUCGAUGAAAGGCGACAUGCAGACUUACAUAAUCGACGUGUCGGUUCUCGUGGGCCUGUUCAUAUUGCUGCGGAUAGUGGCCUAUUUCAUGCUGCGCAUUAAGUUGAUGACGGUGCGUCAUUAAGGGAAAAUACGUUACCAAUAUUAUGUAGGAUUUAGAUUGAUGGUGUACUCGUAUAAGAUGAGAUUGGGUAUUUAAUAACUCAUUGAUUGCACUGGUCAACAUAGUGUUGAAUCUAGUCUUACAGGAAGAUGUUCUUUGCCAAAAACAACGACUUUUAAUCAAAUCAAGCACUGGCAAAAAUAUUACCAAAAACGGCCAUAAACCCAGCAAACAUUUCUGACCCUAGGCUUAAUAUAAGGGCUGCUCCCGUGUACGAGUUUUGGUUCGUCACGCGCAUGACGUCACUUGAUGAGUAGUUGCCGUAAGAAUACACGAAUUAAAGUAAUAUUAUCAAAGAAAAUAGAGAAAUAUCUGGACAUAGUGCGUUUUUAUUAAACUUAAUAUUGAAGAAAGUGUUAUAAUAUGGAUAAUAGAUGCUUUCAGUCCUUGAUAACAUUUAGGGCUAUAGUUUAAGCGUUGGUGUUUUAAAUUAAACUUAUAUAGUGACUAUAGUCACUGUCCAGAAAAUGUUUAUAUAUAGGAAACAGAAGCGGUCUUAACGUUA